AUGUCAACUGGUGGAAAUGAUGAUACGGUGCCGACGGUCACCGAACGAAUGAGGGAAGUGAUUGCCGAAGAGGUUGGAAAGGCAAUUGAAAACAGUUUAUCCGGAUUCAUAGACAGGGUUCAAGUUUAUAAUGGGGAGGUUGAUCCGAUAAUAUGCCAACGAUGGCUAAACGACAUCGAGGGAGUGUUUGAAAGGACCCACUGUGAUACAAACGACUACGUAGCCUAUGGAACGAGUCAAUUAAGAGGUCAAGCGAAAGACUGGUGGGAUAACAAGAAAAACGAGAUUGGAAGUAAAGCGGUUAAGGCUAUGACAUGGGAUGAAUUUAAGGCGCCGUUCCUUAAACAUCACAGUCCCAAGGCGGUCAUUAAUCGAAUCAAAGAAGAGUUCAUGCAGCUGAGACACAAGGAACAAAAGAUAUACUACUACUACAACAUGUUGAGCGUCGAGUAUAGGGAGUUCAUGACUCCUUCAAAGUAUGAGACCCUUACUGAGAUCAUAAACGUUGCUUGGGAACGAGAGAUUGAAUUGAAAAAGCAAGUUGAACGGGGUGAACGAAGGGCACACAAUGUAAAUCCAAGCCCUACUAAGAAAGCACGGACGAAUGAAACGGUGAAGAAAUCUGAUGCGAAAGGUGGGUCUCCAAGUUGCAAAAUCUGCGGAAAGGGUCAUAAGGGCGAGUGUCGCUUCAAGGAUAAACCUUGCUCCAUAUGUCGGAAAAUGGGGCACACGGUUCCAACGUGCCCGGACAAAGUGACAGUUUGCUACAAAUGCUAUCGACCGGGUCACAAAAGGUCGGAAUGCCCGGAGCUAGUAGGAAAGAAAGAUGGGCAAGACGCGAAGGGUGAGGCCGGGAAAGCAAAGGCUAGAUCUUUUCACCUAACCGCAGCUGAAGCAAAAGUAGAACCCGAUGUGGUUUCAGUAUCGACAAUGAAGAUUACUCAAUAG